UUCUUUUCAAUGGAACAUUAUGAACUGAAUAAAUUUUUCUUCUCUGACAAACUCUGCAUUUUCUCCGGUAAUCAUGACCAGUUACUCCUCCAACUACUUAAGAAUGGUCUCACUCACCAAGCAGUUAACCUCUAAUGUCAACCAAGGCCGCCAUGACGCAGCACUCGUUCUCUUCCGCCAAAUCCAUUCCUCUCUCGCUCUUCUUCUCGACCCCUUCGUCUUCCCUCUUGCUCUCAAGUCCUGCGCCGCCACCCGUCGCCCUCAUAUCGGCUCUUCCAUUCACGCCCAAGUUACCAAGUUAUCCUUUAUCUCUAAUCCAUUCGUAGCUUGUGCUCUUGUGGAUAUGUAUGGCAAGUGCUUCUCCGUCUCGCACGCACACAAAGUGUUCGAUGAAAUUCCUCAGAGAAACGUAGUAACAUGGAAUUCCAUGAUCUCUCUUUACUUGCACUACGGUCGGAUUCUUGAUGCUAUACAAUUGUUUUAUGAUAUGGAUGUUGCACCAAAUGAAUCGUCUUUUAAUAAUAUCAUCUCUGGUUUAUCUGGGUUGGAGGGGGAUGGACCGUUUAAGGCUAUUGUGUUUUACAAGAGAAUGGGAACGUGGGGUUUGAGACCUAAUUUGAUCACGCUUCUUGCUUUGUUGCCUGCUUGUGUGAACAUAGCGGCUUUGAGUUUGAUCAAAGAAAUUCAUGGGUAUGCUUUUAGGAAUGGUAUUGAGCAGCACCCACAUCUAAGAAGUGGCUUAGUUGAGGCAUACGGACGAUGUGGGUGUCUUACUUACGCACGUUAUGUAUUUCAAAGUAUGAAAGAAAGAGAUGUAGUUGCAUGGAGUAGCCUGAUAUCUGCAUAUGCUCUUCAUGGGAAGGCCAAAACUGCCCUGGAAAUCUUUAGGCAGAUGGAGUUAGCUAAAGUACAGCCUGAUGAAAUCACUUUGCUCGGGGUACUUAAAGCUUGCAGUCAUGCUGGAUUGGCAGAUGAAGCAUUGGGUUAUUUUGCAAAAAUGCGUGAUGAUUAUGGUGUGCAAGUAAAUAGUGACCAUUAUUCAUGUCUGGUUGAUGCUUUGAGCAGAGCGGGGAGGUUGCACGAGGCAUAUGAAGUAAUACAGGGGAUGCCAAUAAAAGCAACUGCAAAAACUUGGGGAGCACUGCUUGGCGCGUGUCGAACUUAUGGGGAGGUUGAGCUUGCUGAGAUUGCUGGGCGAGCUCUGUUUGAGAUUGAGCCUGAAAAUGCUGCAAAUUAUGUGCUGUUAGCUAGAAUCUAUGCCAGCAUGGGGAGGCACGAAGAAGCACAGAGAAUGAGAAAGGAAAUGAGGGAGAAGAGAGUGAAGGUAGCACCUGGUAGUAGUUGGGUUGUGUUUCAAGACUAAGAGCCGUGGAGUCCUGAUUCUCAAAAUAUUAAAUUGUAUCUUUUGUAAAAAUAAU